GCCUUGUGACGGCCCUGUGGAGAGUUUUGAGCUAAUUUCUGUCUGUGUUCUGUUUUGCACAGGCCUACAUCCUGUGGAACGUUUCCUACUAUACAUCCCCAUUAUUGCUGCUUUACUGCUACAGGAAAGGUUACAUCGUCAUGUCCAAGAUUAUCCCAGCUACAUCGUACGCAAGUGUACUCCUGCUGAUACUUACCGGGGUGGUCUGCCUCCGAGGUGUGGGACGCUGGACCAAUCCUGACUACGUGCAGUUUAUCAGCGUCUUGGAAGAAACCAAGCGAAACAACACACCAGAGAACAAGAAAAAGCUGGCAGCUUACAGCUUUGAUUUCAACCAUUGGCCUGAAGACUUCCGUUGGGACGAGGUCAGCAGCCAGUAA